GACUUGCACUGCCAGGAUGAAGCCGUUGAUCCUUUUCAUGUUUUGUAUUUGGCUGGCCAGUGGAUUUCACAGAGUUCCCCUGAGAAGACAUAAAUCUUUGAGGAAGACUUUGAGGGAACGUGGGCAGCUGUCUCAGUUCUGGAAGGCCCACAAGUUGGAUAUGAUCCAGUACACCCAGGACUGCUCGGCUAUCCAGGAAGCCAAUGAGCCACUCCUCAACUAUUUUGAUGUAGAAUAUUUUGGACAGAUCUCCAUUGGGAAUCCUCCUCAGAAUUUCACUGUGCUCUUUGACACAGGUUCCUCCAACCUCUGGGUGCCAUCCAUUUACUGUGUCAGCAAAGCUUGCGCUACACACUCCAGAUAUCAGCCAUCACAAUCCAACACCUACAGCGAAGUGGGGACUGCUUUUUCCAUUCAAUAUGGCACAGGUAGCUUGACGGGAAUAAUCGGAAUGGAUCAAGUGACUGUUGAAGGAAUCACUGUAGCCAAUCAGCAGUUUGCAGAGAGUGUCAGUGAGCCUGGCAACACCUUUCUGGAUUCAGAAUUUGAUGGGAUCCUUGGUCUGGCCUACCCAUCCCUGGCGGUGGAUGGAGUCACCCCCGUCUUUGAUAAUAUGAUGGCUCAAAACUUGGUGAACUUGCCAGUAUUCUCUGUUUACCUGAACAGGAACCCAGACUCCUCUAUAGGAGGGGAACUGAUCUUUGGUGGCUUUGAUCCUUCCCAUUUUAGUGGAAGCCUCAACUGGAUUCCAGUCACUAAACAGGGAUACUGGCAGAUUCAACUGGAUAAUAUCCAGGUGGGUGGAACAAUUGAAUUUUGUGCAGAAGGAUGCCAAGCUAUAGUGGACACAGGGACUUCUCUCAUCACAGGUCCUUCUGAAGAUAUAAAGCGAAUGCAGACAUUAAUUGGAGCAGUACCUAUGGAUGGGGAGUAUGCCAUCGAAUGCAACAACCUGAAUGUAAUGCCUACCGUCACUUUCACAAUCAAUGGGAUCCCUUACACUCUUUCCCCAGAGGCCUACACCCUCCAGGAGAAUAGCGAUGGGAUGGCACUCUGCACCAGCGGAUUCCAGGGCUUAGACAUGCAACCCCCUGCUGGACCGCUCUGGAUUCUGGGGGAUGUUUUCAUUGGCCAAUACUACUCUGUCUUUGACCGUGGAAAUAACAGAGUGGGGUUGGCUCCUGCUGUCCUGUAAGGCACGUGGGAAGUAUGGGAGUCAAAGUGCCAGGCUCUACUACGCUACUUGAAGGUUUUCUCUUCUAUUUUCGAACAAACACUUUUAUCAGCACUGGGCUAUGACAGAUUCAGAUUCACAAUAACUGAUGGACCUGUUCACGUGAGAUUCCCGCUCCCUUCCUUCUCAUGCAACAAAGAGAAAACAAGACUGUGCCCUUAAUUACAGUAGUACCUCAGGUUACAAACAUAAUUCGUUCCGGAGGUCCAUUCUUAACCCGAAACCGUUCUUAACCUGAGGCACGCUUUCGCUAAUGGGGCCUCCCACUGCCACUGGGCUGCCAGCGCGGGAUUUCCGUUCUCAUCCUGGGGCAAAGUUCUCAACCCAAGGUACUACUUCCGGGUUAGCGGAGUUUGUAACCUGAAGCGUUUGUAACCCAAAGCAUUUAUAACCUGAGGUACCACUGUACUUAAAUUGGCAUGCCCAUUUGUUUUGCUGUUGUUCUUCAGAUUUGUUACUGCAAAAGAAAAUGUGGAGGUAGGUAGGUAGGUAGUUAAUUUUUAACUGGCAGCAUUGUGUUCAUUACAUUGUAAGUUCUUUAAACUAUUCAUAGCACUUUUUUCAAUAUUUCAAAAGGCACCUUAUAUUAAAGUUUUCACAAUAUGCAAAUGUUUUUAAAUUUAUUCAGAUAAACAAAAGACAGGGGAUUAGUUAACAAUUCUUUAAUCAAUGGAGUCCCCUUAUAAAGUGCUUUCUGUCUUCCUGAAAUAAUACUCGGUUCCUGCAAUGCUGAUGUUAUCUAGGUGUUUUUCUGGAAAGGAAGAAUAAUACAGGGCUAGAUGAAGUAUCACAUUUCAACACCUAAUUUAAAUGGGUGGCAUUCGCUGCAGCAGUAAGGAGAACAUUCCAUAAGUUCAAAGAUUUCUCCUUGGGCAGUGGAAUAUUCUCCCCCUCUUCUUCCUCUAAAUCUGCACUCCCUAAAUUUAUUUUAGGAAUUCCCCCAAUCCCCCAAAGCAGAUUUGUGGGCGGCGGUGUGUUCUGGGCUGCAGGGGAAGGAGAGGGGGCAAAGUCCUGCUGUGCUAGCACUAAUAUUUGCACUACUGUAAAAAAUGCAGUUGAAUACCAACCAAUGGUUUUAAUUUGCUACGGUACAUAGCGAGGAACAACUGGUCAACAUCAGUGUUGCUAACUUGGAUUUUGAGAAAUACUUUGGGCUUCUAUAAACAUUUUAUUUACAAUUGUUAUAAGAAUUUUAAGGUUAUAUAUAUAUAUAUAUAUAUAUAUAUAUAUAUAUAUAUAUAUGUUCAUAAAACAUGUACAUGAAUGUACAGAAACAUGUCUGAAGCAGCACAGGAAGACAGGCCUGACUGACACCAUUUUGACUCUCUCUCUCUGACCAGGUGUUCCUCUGCAAGGAAGAAGGGGAGUGGGGGGAACCUUCUCAUUGUCUCAGGAAUUAAAGUGAUAAUCCCUGGCAUCCUGAUACCUGGGUGCCAGACAAAAGGGUGUGAUUAACUUGGCUGGGAAACAGGGAAAUGUAAAUAUCUCUCUCUUUUGUUGAUUAGGUUUUGGGGGCAGGGGGCAGGGUCCAGGAUGCUCAGAUUACUGCCACCAGACCUCCCCUUUCAUGAUGUACCUAUGAUGAAUCUAGGGAGGGGGGUCUUGGGCUACACCCCUUCUGUGACAUAUGGAUGAUGCUUCUGGGGGGUGGGCUGAAACCAAUUUCAAAUUUCUUUUUAAGGGCAGGACACCUUUGUUUGGGGUUCCUUCCUUGUUCUCCUGCGUGAGAGGAAGGACCCUGUUGCAACAGCGAAAAUAAAAGUGCCUUGCUUCGUACGUCCUGGUUUGGUCUCUGUUAUUUGGUGGGCAGGAGACGCUUAAAUUCGUCUGCCUGCCAGGAUACCUGGACUCUACCUGUGUCAAGGAUCCACU